CAGAAGUGUUUUCAUUCACCAGUUGUCGAACGAAUUUCAUCGAAAUAACUACAGCUCCCUGCUGCUUUUAGCAAUCUACUAACAAUGAAGUGUGACGCCGUUAUUGAGAACAUCAAAGCCCGUGUGGCCGCAAUCGACCCCAGCGGCCCCAGAACGGUUCUCGGUGUGUUCCAGCUAAAUAUCGAAGCAGCCGAUGGCAUCCACGAGUAUGUGUUUGAUCUGAAGAACUUGAAGGUAACAACAGGAAAGGUUUCCGGUGCCGAUGUCGUGAUCAACUUAUCCGAUGACGACUUCGUUGCCGUCGGUACUAAAACUGUUACCGUAGCCGACGCUGUCAAGCAGGGCAAAAUCAAAAUGACCGGUAAUCAGACUCUCUUCCAAUCGCUGGUGGAUGUUAUUUAAUCGACUAAUCAGAUACUCAACAUGAACAGACUUGGAAAUGGGAAAAUGUACUUUUGCAUAUAAAAUAUUUAAAAUAAUCCAUAAAGAAUUGUAAAACGAUCCAUAAAAAAGUUGUCCAUGUUCCAUAAAACAAAACUGAAAAUCCAUGAAACAGUGUGAAUGAUCCAUAAAAAAGGGUGAUUUGAUCCAUAGAUUAUGCAAAAUUGAACCAUAAAAUGGUCGCAAAAGAGCACUAAAAUAGUAAUAAAAGAGCAAUUAAAAUGAACCAAUGCCCCA